GGCACCAAUCAUCACUGAUCAAUAACCAUCAGAGAAUCAACAAGAAGCCAACAACAUAUCAGUAACAAUAUCAUCAUCAUUUCAGAAAAUCAUUCUAGAAUCAUAAAUCAACCAUCAACAAGAUUAUUCCAGUUUCAUAAAAUAAGUAAGAGACUAUGUACUCAUUCACAAUUUUAGACAUAAUAAAAAUUUUGAUGCCAAAUGUAAUUAUAUUUGUCCUGCAUCUGUCUGCUUUCGAGUGAAGUGAUUUGCAAAUAUGAAGACUGGGUCCUGCAUCAACACUCAGAGUGCUUACUGCUUACCGACGGCGAGGAGGAAGGGGAGUGACGGCGAUGACAGAGGAGACGGCCACACCGGCGAACAGAGAGAGAGAGCGCUUGAACAGAGGAGACGGCGCGACGGCCACAGAGCUUCCACACGAUGGCGAGGGAGCUUCCUACGACGGCGACACAGCUUCCUAGGACGGCGACGGAGCUUCCACGGUGCGACACCGACGAACAAAAGAGAGGAGAUGCGGUGGCCGUGGGUUCCGCGGGGCUGUGGAGCUGCGGAGGUUGCGGUGGGUGCAGCGGCUGCGUGCUACGGGGCUGGGGGAGAUGCAGUGGCUGUGGGUUCCGCUAGGGUUAUUUUCUGUUCUUCCAAUUGAGUUUUUGAGAGAGGAGAGGAGUCGAUUUAGGGCUUUGUUUCAUUUAGGCAAUUAGGCUUUUUUUUUUUUAGAGCCAAAAAACCGUAAAAAAACUGGACGAUUCUCCCGGUUCAUCGGUUUACUGUCGGUUCGACUGGUUUUUUCCCAAUUUUUUACCAGGCAAUUUCUGACUUUAUCCGAACCGGCUAGAUGAUCGGUUCCCGAUUUUUUCGAUUGAACUGGCCGAUCCGGUUCGGUUUUCAGAACCAUGGGGACACAAAAAAUAGCCAAUUCUUUCUAGCAAGCAAAGUAGCAAAACUGCAUUCCCAUCUUUUAAGGAGAAUCGCACUUGGAGACAUA